AAGGAGAAAGAUGUUAACUUUCUGGAUGGUUACUUGUUACCAUGGCAACUACGUUUAUCCACAAACUCAACUCCCAACAAAAAAUUCAAUCUAACUUCUAAAGAUUUUGUCUUUCUCAAAGUUAUUUUUCUUUAUACGUAUGUGAUUAUUAAAAUUUAUGGAUGCUUUUUGAAUUGCAUAUGACAUUGGAUCUUUAUUUCUAAAGAAUGAAUCCAUCGACACCUCAAAUACUCAGCAUAGAUGAAUGGUACAAAAACAAUCAAAGAAGGUUUAAUCAAUCUGACGUAACGAGAGCGGAGUGGUUUAGAAUCAACCAACAAAGUAAACAGCUCGCCAAAGAGAAGAAGAUUCUCACCGACACUUUACAGGAUGCCGUCACCAAGAAGAUUGCUGACAGAGCGAAGGACAUUUUCGACUGCCAGAAAGACCUCGAGAAGACGAUCGAGGAUCUGACAGUUGAAAUCAAGAAGCUGCACAUGGAGAAGAAGAGGCUCGAGAACUCGUUAAAUGAAUCCCAAUUGAGUCUGAUCGUUGCCCAAGAGAGUCUUGACCUUCGAGAUCAGAGGAUUUCGUCUGAUUUGGUUCAUGAUAAAGUACAGGAUGAACUUCAUAGGGAGAUUGAAAUCAUUCAAAUGUAUCAGGAUUUAACAAAGAUGAUAAUCGGAGAGAUAGAAAAUCAAAUAAAGAGAGACCAGCAGUCUAAAGUGGAACUCGAAAGAGAUUGGAGUGACAAAUGGGAAGCUUACAAUAUAGAUACUAUUUGUGCUCACAUGAAUAAUACCUCAUCAGAACAAAUAGCAUUCUAUACUGGACCACAGAAGAUUCCAAACAAAUGGUCAUCUCCUCAAGAUUGGAUUGAAUUUACACGCCACCGACUCUUCUAUGCCAGAGACGAGAUACGAACGUCAGGAAUACUGCGUGACAAAAUAAAUUCUCAUUUGAUGAAUGGGUACAGAGAUCUACGACACCAAGCUGAUAUGGUUGAAAGUGCUCUGGCAAGACGCGUUAAUGAAACAGCUGAUAGCCUUUACAGAUUGAAGAAACACUUGGAAAUGAUAAUGGGAGACAUAGCUGAAGCUGAGAAACUCAUUACGUUUUUGAAGAAACAGAUUUUAGAGAAAGAAGCGCCUUUGAAAAAAGUUCAAACUAGACUCCACUUACGAAACGAGCGCCCAAACGUUGAACUUUGCGAAGAUAAAGCACAUCUUGGUCUGAUAACAGAAUCUCGUGAACUGGCAGCGACCAUUCAGUCUCUACAAGAGCAAUUAGCCAGAGCAGAAGCUUCUCUGAGUAACUUACAGGAGACAAGGAGAGAUCUAGAACGAGAAAUAGCCAUCAAAGAGAACAGCAUGACCGUUGAUAAAGGCAGAGUUCAAGGAGUGAGGAAAAAAUUUCCAGCCCAGCAUAAAUUAUUGGGCCAUUAAGAAGAUCUCAAAGAAAUGUCAGAGCAAACGUUGCUCAUUCCAGAAAACUUCUUAGAUACACAUAACUAAAAUAAAGAAAUGCUUUAGAGGAGAACUAUUGUUAGAAAUGGUAGAAAAAAUA